AAAUCAGGGCCCAGCAGAGAUGGACAGAACGAAGGCGGAGAUGCCGAGUCACCCGGGCCUGAGGCCGGCGGGUCUGCCAGUCCCGGACACUUCUGGAACGAGCUGGACCCUUAACUACGAAUGCCCCUGUUCAUCUGCGCUUGCCUGGGGCAUGGUUUGCGUUCCCUCUCAGCUGGACUUGAGGUCCUCGAAGUUCUCUUUCAACAUGUUCGACCACCCGAUUCCCCGGGUCUUCCAGAACCGCUUCUCCACACAAUACCGCUGCUUCUCCGUGUCCAUGCUAGCCGGGCCUAAUGACAGGUCAGAUGUGGAGAAAGGAGGGAAGAUAAUUAUGCCACCCUCAGCCCUCGAUCAACUCAGCCGACUUAAUAUUACCUAUCCCAUGCUGUUCAAACUGACCAAUAAGAAUUCGGAUCGCAUGACACACUGCGGAGUGCUGGAAUUCGUGGCUGAUGAGGGUAUCUGCUAUCUCCCACACUGGAUGAUGCAGAAUUUGCUGUUGGAAGAAGGGGGCUUGGUGCAGGUGGAAAGUGUCAACCUUCAAGUGGCUACAUACUCCAAAUUCCAGCCUCAGAGCCCAGACUUCCUGGAUAUCACCAACCCCAAAGCAGUGUUAGAAAAUGCAUUGAGAAACUUUGCCUGUCUGACCACUGGGGAUGUGAUUGCCAUCAAUUACAAUGAGAAGAUCUAUGAACUACGGGUGAUGGAGACAAAACCUGACAAAGCUGUGUCCAUCAUUGAGUGUGACAUGAAUGUGGACUUUGAUGCUCCCUUAGGCUAUAAGGAACCUGAAAGACAAGUCCAGCAUGAGGAGUCAACAGAAGGCGAAGCCGACCACAGUGGCUAUGCAGGAGAGUUGGGCUUCCGUGCCUUUUCUGGCUCUGGGAAUAGACUAGAUGGAAAGAAGAAAGGGGUAGAGCCCAGUCCCUCCCCAAUCAAGCCUGGAGACAUUAAAAGAGGAAUCCCCAAUUAUGAAUUUAAACUUGGUAAAAUAACUUUCAUCAGAAAUUCACGUCCAUUGGUUAAAAAGGUUGAAGAGGAUGAAGCUGGAGGCAGAUUUGUUGCUUUCUCUGGAGAAGGACAGUCCUUGCGUAAAAAGGGAAGAAAACCAUAAGUUGGGACUGUUGACUGGAAAAUAAAAGAAUCAAUUGCAACAUA